AACGUCCGCCCCCGCCAACUUUCUUCCAUGGCUCCGCGUUGUUGACUGUGCGCUGCCAGGUUUCGGCUCGUUCCAUCCCCUGAAAGGUAUCCCCUCCCCGUGUUACCUGCCAGAUUUGUUGUCAGGCCGUGAACUGUAUUGGCAUUGUGCAGUGGAAGCCGACUACGGCGGAUGUUAGUCACGGUUGGCGGCAUUCUGGCCUUGGUUGCGGCGGUGGAAGAAUAUUGAGAGAGUGCUCCGGCUGUUGUAGGAAGAGGAGACAGCUGACUGGGAGGUUGACGUCUCUUCCGCUAACCUAGCAACGCCUGCACGCGUCUCCGCCGUCACUCCCGCCCCACAACACCUGCCGUCCGUGCCCAGAGCAGCGCGCACAGCCAGCACCAUGCCCGGGGAAACUGCGGAAACUGCCCCGGCCGAAAACGCCACCAGCCAGCCCGAGGAGCCCGAGAAGCCCGCGGCGGACGGAGAGGCGGCCAAGGCGGAGGACGCGGCACCUGAGCCCGAGGCGCCGCCCGAGAAGGAGGUGCGCGCCGUGGUGCUCUCAGGCUUCGGCGGCAUCAACAAGGUGAAAGUGAUGCGACGUUCGGAGCCGAAGCCCGCAGAAGGGGAGAUUUUGGUGAGAGUAAAAGCAUGUGGUCUGAACUUCCUGGACUUGAUGGUUCGCCAGGGGAACUUGGAGAACCCGCCCAAGUGUCCGGCCGUCAUGGGGUACGAGUGCGCAGGCGUGGUGGAGGCUCUGGGGGAAGGCGUCACUGGAUUUGAGGUGGGGAACCAUGUGCUGGCCCUGUCCAACCUUGGCUCCUGGUGCGAGCUGGUGUCGGUGCCGGCCAAACACUGCUUCCAGAUCCCGAUGAGAAUGAGUUUCGAGGACGCCGCCGCUUUCCCAAUCAACUUCCUCACCGCCUACAUCAUGCUGUUCGAGAUCGGCAACCUGAAGAAGGGCAAAUCAGUUCUGGUCCACUCCGCGGGGGGAGGGGUGGGCCUGGCGGUGGCCCAGCUGUGUAAGACGGUUGAGAACGUGACGGUGUUCGGCACGGCCUCCCCACACAAACACGACACCAUCAAGGACCACUUUGACCACCUAUUCCUCAGCGGCAGUGACUACACGGCAGAAAUAAGGAAAAUCUCUCCAUCUGGUGUGGAUAUUGUGCUGGACUGUCUGUGUGGGGAUGAUACAAACAAGGGGAUCGCGCUGCUCAAGCCCAUGGGCAAGUACGUGCUGUAUGGGUCCUCCAACAUCGUCACCGGGGAGACCAGAAGCUUCUUCAGCUCCGCCAAGGCCUGGUGGCAGGUGGACAAGGUGAACCCCGUGAAGCUGUACGAUGAGAACAAGACUAUCGGCGGGUUCCAGCUGCUGCGGCUGCUGUACGACCAAAACCAGCACGAGCUGAUCCAGGAGACCAUGACCACCCUGCUGGACAUGUUCUCUAACGACAGGAUCAAACCUGUCAUCGACUCCUGCUGGGCGUUUGAAGAGGUAGGGGAGGCCAUGCAGAAGAUGCAUGAUCACCAGAACAUAGGCAAGCUGAUCCUAGACCCAGGCAUGGACAAGACACACAAGACUCCAGCCGAGACUCCAGACACUAGUGACGCAGACGAGGUCAAAGGUCAGCAGAGCGAGGAGACGGCCCCUGCCGAGGCCACGGCCAAGGAAUAGAUCAGGACAAGAAACCGGCUCAGAAGAGAAAAAACAAAACAACGCUUCACUGGACAACAGUCUACAGAUGUGUGCCAGUUGUACCCUAUCGUUAACCUAGAGAACAAACGCUGAACAACGAACGCAGGAAAAAAAGCCGUUUACCAUAUCUAAACCGGUACAAUAUCUAUCGGAUGUAUUAGUGCCAGUAUACUUACAUAUCGUGUAGCUUGAGUAUUUGUGCGGGACUUUUGUGUAGAUAUUGUGUUCUUAAGGUGGAAAUUGCUGUUGUUGUACAUGUGAUGGAUACUAGUAUUCCCCAGGAAUUAUAUAACGAAUGUGGGUUUUGUGACAUCUGUUUGUGUUCUAGAUAUGUGACAGUUACAUUGUUUAAGUCUUCAUUUCCCAACGUAUGUUUCGUACGGUUUGUAUUACUUUCUAAAGCAUGGUGGAAGAGGGACCAUUACACUUCCUUACACCAGUUACAGUCGUGUUGAGCCGCGAUAUCAAUCUAGAUUUCUCGGUGCAGCGCUAGAGAGAAGUGUAGGCUAUAUAUAGCUGAGAUACAAAUCUCUCCGGCAGACGGCUGGCCCACGUUUCCACAGCCAUUAUCAUAAUGUCAUUUGUCUUCACCGUUAGGGGAGCUUUGAUUGUAAAUCCUUAUUACGGUUUACAUUUCGAAGAAAUUGUUUAUUUGGAAGGUCUAAGGAUGGUGGAUUUGACGGUGAAAAGACGUUGCCAGGGGCUAUGUUUGACAUGUUAUACAUGCAUUUUACUUUUACUGAUUUUUAAAAGGCAAAUGGAUACGAACAAACGCCUACGCUGGGGCAGUGGACGAAGCCAAGUGUAUUAGAGCUUGGGUGGAAGGAAUAUAUGUAUUUUGAUCAAUAAUACGUCGCCAGCGCGUCCUUAUAACAGAAAAGCUCUUAGGAGGUCUGAAUAUGCGGCGUAUUUUGCGCAGGUAGUACAUAAAGGUAUGAUUAGCACAAUCUGUAGUCUCGUACCCAGUGUGAAGCUACAGGUGACAAGAUGGCCGCCAACUAUACCCAAGAUCCUAUCCAAACGGAUAACAAAAACCUACAUGUAUAAGGCUAGCUAUUAGUGUCAGUGGCAUGUUCACUUUACCUACAUUCUGUGUCAAGAAACUAAUUGGGGACCACGUAUAAGAAAUUGCAGGGAAGAGAAACAAAAAAGAGAACUAUUUUGAAAUCGUGAAAAGCCAGAAGGGCUGUAGAAGCUGUGCCUAGAAGCGGUAUCCCUCCCCCCGAUGUCCAUGUAUUCAGUACAAACACUUCGCUCUACCUGUUGGGCACCAUGUGCAUAUGUGGUGGCCAAUGAAGACUUUGCCUUGAAAUGUCACGUAGGAGCAAACUUCACAGCACACAACUGCUGACUUCCAUUUGGCAUUACAAAUGUUUUAGAAUAAAUGGCAAUCAGAAAGAUGCAUGAUUUUACUUUGACAUUUAUGAUGUUGAAUAUAUCUGAGAGGAUAGAACUGACCAAAGAAAACAUUUGGCAUUCACAAACUUGUUUUUAAGUACUUUGAAAAAAUGGUACAAGUCUUCAUUUUCCCACAGGCCUUUGUGACAUGGUGCUCGCCUUCAUUGUAGCUUUUGAUGUUGAAUUAUAUAAUAGAUGGCUAUUCAUAUAUUGUCAUUGAAGUGUAAUUCUAGAUAUCAUACAUGUAUAUUUUGUAUUUUGAGGGUGUGCUUUGUGCAAAUACAAGACUGCUAUCACGUGAAUAAAUAUUGUUGCACUGUAGGAUUCAAAACAUGUCUGCUUGUCCAUUCUGAUUUAGAGUAUGUAAGAAAAAAUCCUCUGGUACAUAAAAAGUAAUGAAAUCUGAACACGACAGAAUGAUGACAUUCAUCAUAUUAGAAACAAAGAUAAAUGUUUUAAUAACCAAAGCAUAUGUGUAAUACACUAUGUUAAACAUGGUACAGUGUACAUAUGGGCCUUGCCUUCAGUUAGAUAGCCACCAAAGCUGACUUAUACUUCUCUGGAAAAGUUGUCUUGUCAAAGAUCAACACUUAAUCUUUUCUUCUU